UUUUGCUUGAGACGUACAAGCGUUUACGCAAAAUGCACCGGGUUCUACUGGUCGGUUUGCUUAUAGUUAGCCUCCUAAUCGGUUCUCAUUCGCAACGGUUCUCUAAAGGUAAAUCUAGUAUCGCCAAUACGAUUGUAAACACUCUUGAUGAAAUUAGCAAUCAAAAUGAUAAACUAAAAAUGCUAAUUAGAUCGUUUUUUGACUACCAGUCGACGUCAACUAAAGCGCCUGAACCAGCUGAGGCAGAGUGCUUGUGUACACCUUUUUACUUAUGCAAUAAUGGAGAAGUGAACAAAGAUGGGAGUAAAUUGUUUGAACCUAGAUUAGCUCAGGAGUCUGUAAAUCCCUGCAAAACCCUGGGGGAAAUCUGUUGUGAGCCACUUGCCCCUAGUCCUCUAAGGAAGAAAGUGGAGGGAAUACCUUCUAACUUUGCAUGCGGAUUUGGAAGUGAAAUACCAGGAGAUUAUUACAUUUCUGCUGCUACCACAGCAAAGUUUGGUGAAUAUCCAUGGACCGCUUUACUCUUGAAUUUAAAGUAUCAGUAUCAGUGUGUGGGUUCCCUAAUACAUCCCGAAGUUGUUCUUACUACGGCGCACUGUAUCAACGAAUCUGAAAAGUAUAUUGCACGAGUAGGAGAAUGGAAUGCUACAGGAAAAACUGAACCCAUAGCCCACCAAAACAUGCGCGUAAAAUCAAUUGUCAUACACCCCAAGUUUGUUGUUGAUAAUUUAAUGUACAACGCAGCCUUACUGUUUUUGGAAAAUCCUUUUAAGUUAGACAGGAAUGUGAAUACAGCUUGCUUAGCAGAUUCGUCUACGUUGUCGUAUACUCAGUUACAGAAAUCGAAAUGUGCAGCUACAGGAUGGGGAAGUGAUGUGCCGAAAGGUGUCUACAGGAGGGUAAUGAAAAAAAUCGAAUUCUCGCUUAUUUCAAACCCCAGUUGUCAAAAUCAAUUGAGGAAAACACGUUUAGGAAAAUGGUUUCAGUUACAUCAAACAUUCCUUUGUGCUAUUGGAAAAAACGGAAGUGACUUGUGUAACGGUGAUGGAGGUGGUCCACUAGUUUGUGAAAUCUCGGGACAACCCCUAAGAUAUCUUCAAGUCGGCAUUACAUCUUGGGGACUUGACUGUGCCCAAAAUCUACCGUCGGUAUUUACCAAAGUUGCAUCGAUUAAGCAUUGGAUUGAUCAAGAAAUGAGUGCACGUAAUUUGGACACCAGUUACUAUACGCCUAUGUAACACAAUGUAAUUUGACGUCAUUGUAACUGUACUUAUUGAAAAUGUAGUAAGUUGGACGUGACAUUUAAAAUAAUCAGCCCUGUGAUGUAUCAGAAAUACCAAACUUAACAUGCAGGUUAUCUGACAAAAAAACGUUAUUUUGCGUUAUUUAGUAUAGGCAGAAUGACGUCUUUGACAGAUAACCUGCAUACAUCACAGGACUGAAUGUUUUCCACUGCAUACUGAAAAAGGGUUAAGCUUAACAUUAUUUAUAGGAAUACCUUGUAAUCUUUAGCACGGUAUCCGUGCUACUUUUAUCACGGAAUCUGCAUCGGAAGUGGAAGCUUGUGGUUUGGAAAAACUAUGUCACAAUUCAGAUGCUGUUCCGCUUUAGUAGUUUGUUCGUCCAAAAAUAAAGAAUACCAUUGAUCUAUUUA